CUGCCAGAAUGAAUGAGAUCCUCUCGUGUUUGCCAAGAACAUAAAGAUCACUUAAAACACAAACUGGCAGAUUUCCGAUCUGCCUCUACCAAACAUGCUGCGUUUCCCAAUUUCAUAAAAGUGCUUUUUUUCCCUAACAGAAGACAGUGAUGAUAAUCAUAGCAAUCAGUCCAAAAUACAAACAGGAUGUGGAAGGGGCUGAAUCCCAGCUGGACAGGGAUGAACACGGCUUACAUACUAAAUACAUCCACAGGAUGAUGCAGAUCGAGUUUAUACAACAAGGAAGUAUGAAUUUCAGAUUCAUCCCUGUGCUUUUUCCAAAUGCCAAAAAGGAACACGUGCCCACCUGGCUGCAGAACACUCACAUUUAUAACUGGCCAAAGAAUAAGAAGAACAUCCUUUUGCGGUUACUGAGGGAGGAGGAAUACGUUGCUCCUCCAAUAGGACCUUUACCAACACUCCAGGUUGUGCCGUUAUGAAGGUUAUUACUUAAAGUGCACGACAAGCAGUUGUUAAAGGGUUGUUCUUGGCAGGGGGCCAACACUCUUCCAGAUGGCUCUUUCUG